GUUGUUUCCAUAGUUUUCUCAUGGUCUUUUUUUGUUAAAAAAAUAAAUUAGCUUGUUAGUUACGAGGAAAACAUCAGUGAUGUUGAAGAUUCGAGACUCCAAUAAUUCUAUUUAUUGCCAAUGAUGUGAUUUUUCUUGGAUACAAUGUAUCACUUCCUACACUAUUUGAGAGGAAACAAGUAAUUUUAAUUGCAAUGAUGCCUGGCAGUAGUUUUCCUUUAGUAGCUGAUGUGUCUCUUGCAAUUUUGGUUUAUCUGCCACUCUGUGUGAUAAGUGUGUGUGUGUGAGAGAGAGAUCAUGGUUAGCAAUGAUAUCUUGAAGGGUUAUAGAGCUCUGCUGCUAGAAACUUCAAGUAGAAGGUGAUAGUUUAGAUUGCCCAUUUAGAGCUUGAUUCACCAUAUACAAUAUAAACUUUAUAUUCACUGUUGCAAUUAAAGAAUUUUAUUUUCAAGGCCCAUUCUCCUUUUUGUGCAUCAAUGUUUGAUCUCUUUUAUAGUGGUAAUUAUGACUGGCAAUUAAAUGGAUUUUGCUAUUCAGGAGGUUCUUUAUUCCUGUUCAAUCGAAAAGCACUUCGGAACUUUCGUAAAGAUGGUCACUGCUGGAGAAAGAAAAAGGAUGGGAAAACUGUAAGAGAAGCUCACGAAAAGUUGAAGGUGUGCUGUUCAAUUUAUUAUUACUUGAUGGUGUGGAUGUUCUCCAAUGUUACUAUGCCCACGGGGAGGAAAAUGAAAAUUUUCAGCGCCGAAUUUAUUGGUUGCUUGAUCUGUGAGUGCUCUUGAAUUUAACAGCUCAAUUAUUUGCUAAAUAUUCACAGCUCUGUUAUCUGCUAAAUUUUAUUGAUCUUGGAAUUCGAAAAUCCAUUUGCAUCUUUACUUCUAUUUUCAGGCAGUUAGACAAUAUUGUUCUUGUGCAUUACAGAGAAGUAAAAGAGGUAUUUCUUUGUUAUUGGUAUUGAUGUCUCACUUUUGUCUCAUUUCUUCAUUCCCUACCUUGUUGGGCUGUGUUGUUGAAUUUUCUCGAUUAUGCUCAAUUUUAUCCUGAAUUGGAUUACUUGAAUUUUUAUUCAUGCUUUGUAGGGUUACAGUUCUGUCAUCCCCCAUUUGCACACAGAACCCGGAUCACAGAUUGGAAGCACACAAACCACUUCGGCUUCUUCCUUUACACUUGAAAAAUCACCUGCUCCUACUGUCCAAACAUUAGCAACAAGCAGAACUGAUUGGAAUGUACAACCAUUAUCUUCCCAAUUUGAGGAUGACGAUUCAGGAGACCACCAAACAGCCUCAUCUCCUGCACAACCUACAUGUAGUUCCAUAAUGCUUAAUCCAUCUUUACAUGAGCUUAAAGAUGCAAGUAAGUUGCACUGCAAUAUAUCUGUAGUUUGUAUGUUUCAGCCUGGUUCGGAAUGUUGGAUAAUAUAUAACUAAUAUGUAUCAACUGUAGAAUGUCUUCAGUAAUAUUUCCUUUUUCUAAGACCUUGUUUCCAUAAGAGGAACUUCUGAGUUUCAAUGUCUCGGUCUUUCAUAUUGCAGGUUUGCAAGUUUUAAGUUGUUUGAACUGGCCAUAUUGAUUGGCUAAAAAACAAAAACUAGUCAUGUUAUUAUUGAGUUUCUGUUUUCUAUGUCAAUUUAACAUGCAAACAAUAAUGUGAAUAACAAUACCACUAACAU